AUGUCGAGAAAUAUGGUUCUUUCAAUUCCAGAAGAAGAUAGAAUCAGUGAUCUGCCGUACGAAGUUUUGGAACACAUUCUCUCCUAUCUUCCUACCAAAGACGCUGUCGCCACAACCUUCCUCUCAAAGAGAUGGAAAUCAGAAUCAGUAUGGCGCUCACAGCUCAACCUCCACUUCGACGACAAAACCAUUCCAGAUCCUUCCGCCUUUCGCCAAUUAUUGUACUCCGUCAUCACCAAGAGAGAUAACACUCUACCAAUCCACUCAUUCCACCUUAAUUCUCGCCACGACUACAACACUGAUUUCUACAAUUUUGUUUAUUCAUCAGUAAUUACACGAGGAGUUCAAAACCUCAGCAUCGAUCACUGCAAUAUAACGACGACUAAAACUUUCAUUCUGACGACAUUGCCUACUUUCGUUCUAACGACCAAAACUUUGUCAGUCCUCAAAUUGAAGACAAUAGCAUUGAACGAGGAUGAUCCAUACUUUGAGUUUGAUCUUCCUUCUCUAAAAGUUCUUCACUUGGAAUCUGUCGCUUUCACAUAUGACAAACAUAUCAGGAAACUUCUAUCUGCCUGUCCCAUUCUAGAGGAGUUGGAAACAAAGGAUUUAACUAUAAAGAGACUUGCUAAGCAUCUCCAAUUUGAUGUUCCAAGUCUAUCCAAUUUGGUCACAGCUGACAUUUCCGGUGGCUAUAUUGUGCUUGAUUGGCUCCAUAACGUCCAGCAUCUCCGCAUAAAACUGCGGUGGGUCAAUCCUUUACUUGCCAUGUUUCACAAUUUAAUCCAUAUGGAGCUUAGAUUCGACAGUAGCUAUCCAGCAGGGUUCAAAGGGGGGCGGCUGAUAAAACUUCUUCAAAAUUCCCCCAAGCUACAAACUAUGAUCAUUGAUGAGGUUUCUAACAUUAGGCAGCAUUACCUUUUUAAGUUAAGUUGUACUUCAAUAUAUUUUAGAAAAAUUUUAAUUGUGUAUAAUUGUCAGGGUGAUAUAGAAUGGAAGGACCCAAAAAUAGUUCCAGAAUGCCUUUUAUCUCAUCUUACAACAUGCUCACUUGGAAAUUACAGACGCUCAUAUGAUCAGAUUCAAUUUGCAAAAUAUAUAAUGCAGAAUUCAAUAGUACUGAGCACCAUGACAAUUCAGAUUGCCAAAUCCGUAAAGUCAGAUACAAAGAUCCAAAUGUGCAAGGAGUUAUCUUUGUGCCCAAGAAAUUCAGCCACAUGCAAACUUUUAUUUAUUUGAUCUUUCA